AACGUAAAAACUUAUUAUUUGACUUUAAUAUAGAAAAUAUGACUAAAGAUGUGGAGGGAGGGAGUAUAAAAAUGAACAAAUUUAACUUCCAUUUUAGAAAGAAAACGGAAUGACAGUGUAGUGUGGUUCAUUAGCAGUUAUCAUUGCGCUCAGUAGAGAACCAUUCAACUUCACAUACAACACAAAAACAACGACGCUGGAAGAAUCAGGAUUGCCGGAAGAAGCGUCCGUGGAUCACCAGUCCGGUACCGGAAAGUCCAUUACGCCUUCAUCGAUGAUGGCAGAUAAUGCCGCAACUUCAAGUGCCAAUCUCCGCAAACUCUCCGACUCCCUCUUAGCCUUGCAAUGCUGCUUAACCGAGUUAAACCAACAUAUCAAUUCCGUUCGGUCUAUAAUUCCCUCUGUGAUACCCGGAGUUGCGACUAAUAUCAGUACUCUUUUACCCACCUCAUCACCGCCAGCCACAGAACCACUCCUAAAGUCAGAAUCAUCUUGGGAAUCUGACCCCUCUGAAGAAGAAGAAGAAGAAAAAGAAGAAAAAGAAGAAGAAGAAAAAGAAGAAAAAGAAAAAAAAGAAGAAGAAGAACUGCGAUCCCGUCGUAGCGAAGAAGUGCAAUCACCUCAUCGUUCAGAACUGAAAUUCCCUCAUAGUUCGGAGCUGAAAUCUAGUCGUAGCAAAGAAGUGCAAUUCCCUCAUCGGUCAGAACUGGAAAGCUUCUGCAAAUCAAUGAAUAGUAGUGAACUUCGGAGGUACAUGGUGACGCGAGUCUCAGAUACAAAUAGACUGCUCGAAGAAGUCCCUAAGGCAUUGAGGCUCUCGCCCCAUCCGGCAAGGCUUGUACUGGACUCUACGGGGAAAAUUUAUUUUCAGGGGAGUAACUCUUAUACUAAAAAUUCACGCAUGGUCUGGAGAAGGAAGGCUGCUGUAUUAGUUUUAGAGUGCUUCUUAUUGAUGAGAGUUGACAAAGUUGAGAUUGAGAAAGAGGUGAAAGAAGAAGCUGAUAAGGCAGCUUUAGCAUGGCGAAAGAGGAUGAUUGCGGAAGGAGGUGUAAGAAAGGCUUGUGAAAUGGAUGCGCGGGGUUUGCUAUUGCUUCUGGGAUGUUUUGGGAUUCCAGGAGGAUUCAGCAAUGAGAAUAUCAGGGAUUUGCUUCUCAUAAGUCACAUCACCAAGAUUUAUCGUGCACUCAGGAGAUCAAAUGUCCUCAAGGCUAAGAUUCCAGAAAUAAUUGAAGGGAUGGUGAAGAAAAAUUUGGAAGUUGAUGCUGUUCAUAUUGCCUACACUUUUCGAAUUGACAGGUUUAAUCCUCGGAGACUUUUGACAUCAUUUUUACUGAAUUCCAGAGAGUCAUUGAAGAAAAGGAACGAAAAAUCAGAAGGUUCACUUGCUGCUGUGAAUGAAGCAAAAAGGAAACAUUUGAAUGAUCUGACAUCUGUCAUCAAAUGUUUGAAAUGCCACGAUAUUGAUCCUUCAAAACUUCUUCCCGAGUGGAAAAUCAAUGAGAAAAUAAUGGCCCUGGAGAAAGAAAUUCGUGGAUUUGAUAAGCAUGCGGAACGAAAGAGAAAAAGUGAUGAAACUGAGUCGUCGAGAGGGUUCAGAAAUAGAGAAGCAAAACGCUCAUAUAAUCCGCCAUGGGUAAGACAGCAAAGAUUUGAUGAUCAUGUCGAUAACAAUAACACCUUGCCAGAAGGUCGAACUACUGGCCAUCUUCAUGGUUAUACUGUGUCCUCAACAGUAUUGCAUGGGCCUUCUGCAGGCUUAAUACAUGAGAAUAUUGCAGGCUCACUUGUAGGAACUGUGGGAGGUGUGGCCAUGGGUGUAGCUGGAGCAGGUAUAUCACCUAGUGGCAAUGGUAUUCAUGCAGGUAUAUCAGCAGGCACAGAUGUUGUUCAGCAAGGAGGUCCAUAUGCUGGAGGUCAUGGAGGGACUCUAGUUGAUAGUACGCCAGGACAAGUAGGGAGUCAUACUGAUCAGUUAUAUGAUCGGAGCGGGAAUGCAGCCGUGAAUGAUAGUCUGGCCUCAUGCAGCAAUGCUUAUGUGCCAUCAUCGUACUUGGAUGGCUCUAAGGGGUUGCCGAACACCACGCAUACUGAUGCUUAUAGGUCACCACCAUACUCAGAAUGUUCUACAAGAUUGCCAAACGCCAUAUCCGGUGAUGCUGCUGGCCGGAGUUCUGCAUCUGAUAUCUACCAGGUUGCUGAUACUGACACAGCAAGUGAAUUACACAUGAGCAGUGGCGUACGAGCAGUUGAUACUGUUUCAUCUGCUGCGUCUGCUCAUCCUUCAUCCAACUUGCACCAGCCGAAAUAGAUUUACCUUGGGCAGUCACUACACCUUAGUUUUUUUGUCUGUAAACCCAACCUUAGAAGUGACUACUAUAUGGUCUGUUAAGGCAGUCUCAGAAUUGUGAAUAUUAGUUACUAAAAACUCUGGCCAAUUGUGUAGGCUUAGCAUAUUAAUGUCUAUAAUCUACCAGGAAAAAAUUAAUUUCUCUGGUAUAUAAAACCUUCCUUUUGUACUCCAUUCCGUUAAAACUUGUAUUGUAUUUGCUUUUAUGAUUUACCACUCAAAAUGCUAUAUUUUCUUAUUUGGAGUUGAA